UCGAGAUCGAACGUGAUCGGUCAUAUAGAUUGAAAAGCCUUAGCAUGAUUGGUUGCUUAGUGAGCUGUUGGGUGAUCUUAGUGACGACGAUCGUUUCUGUCACGGGUCAGUAUGGAACCUGUGAUUAUACAUAUAGCUACUCUACCGGUCAGACAGGCUAUAUUGAGUCGCCCAAUUUUUCCAACUAUUACACUCCGGGUGCAAAUUGCCGGUACACGAUAAACGCACCCGUUGGUCAUUAUCUGUACGUGCAGUGUUAUGAUAUGUAUCUUCCUUCGAGUACUGGGUGUUACUACGACAAGCUGGCUAUAUCUCUUAGUGGCGACUCGAAUCUAGCUGAUGCACAGCUACGGUGUGGAACGAGUACGUUUAAUGUGCAGACAUCUUACAACAAACUAGUGGUGGCUUUACUGGGUAGCACAAGCACUAUUGGCGGACGGUUCCGAUGUCAGAUAACAGCCGUCAAGAUUCCAUGCGACUGUGGACGACGUAAAACGGCUACGAUCUACAAUGGUGUUCCAACAAAAGCCAACGAGUACCCUAUGAUGUCAGCAUUGGUCGAUCUAAGCUCAAAGGAGGUGAUAUGUGGCUCUACAAUUGUGACUGAUCGCUUCGCAUUAACUGCCGCUCACUGUUUGUUGUUAAGAAAGGUAACUGGCACAGCUUUGUUGGUUGGUGAUCAAAACAUCAAGAUCGGGACAGAUACACCUUACUCCGUAGUGAUGCUGCUAUCCAGUUUUAUAUCCCAUCCGAACUACGAUUCUAUAAGCAAAACGAACGACAUUGCGCUAGUGCGUACUACUAACACGAUCGUUUUUAAUGCAGGCGUUGGGCGUGUUUGCCUGCCGUUCCGUUUCGGAACAAGUACAUUUACUGGGGCGGCUGUUACCGCCUUAGGAUGGGGUACGAUCGAUUUUGGUGCACCAAUGUCAGCGGAAUUGCUGCAAACGACACUGAAUGUGAUUGCCCAAACGGACUGUUCGACGAAGCUUUCGAGGACAAUUCAACCAACUCAGUUAUGCGCCUUCUCGUCGAAAAAUGAUACGUGUCAGAAUGAUUCCGGCGGUCCGUUGUACUAUAUCGACCCGAACAGUCAGCUGGUGUACGAGGUGGGAAUUGUGGGGUUUGGAGUAGGUUGUGGGUCUGCUUUUCCGAGUGUUAAUACCAGAGUUACAUCGUUCCUGGAUUGGAUUGUAGCGAAUACAGGCUACACGUUCUGCGAAAAAUAAGAUACCGAGCUGUAAUACAUAAUAAAAUAUCUACACACCGCA